GUGGGUUUGGUCGGCAGGGCGAGGGGAAGCGGUUGUCAGGGGCCGGGACCGAGGGACAGGGAGCGUUAGAGGUAGAGGGCAAAAUGGGUUGCCUGUUUUCCCGGAAAUCUAAGGAGAAAGACCAAGAGAAGAAGAAGAAAAAGAAGAAGGAACCUGAUGCCGAGGAGGAGCCCAAGCAAUACAGCUGGGACCAGCGGGAGAAGAUUGAUGUCAAGGACUAUAUGCUGGCUCAAUUAAAGGAUGAAACAGUGGGCCGAUUGCCUGGUAAAGUUGCUGGUGAGCAAUUUGUGAUCCAAGAAUGUGAAAAUUGCAACAUUUAUGUUUUUGACCACUCUGCCACAAUCACCAUUGACGACUGUUCCAACUGCAGGAUAUUUCUAGGACCCAUCAAGGGCAGUGUCUUUUUCCGUGACUGUACAGACUGCAAAUGUAUUGUUGCUUGUCAGCAAUUCCGCACUCGUGAUUGCAAAAAAAUGGACAUCUUCCUAUGUUGUGCCACACAGCCUAUCAUCGAAUCAUCUACGGGCAUGAAGUUUGGUUGUUUCCAAUAUUAUUAUCCUGAGUUGGGCUACCAGUUCAAAGAUGCAGGUUUGAGCAUCUUCAACAACAACUGGAGCAACAUCCAUGACUUCACCCCUGUUGCAGAUGAAAACAACUGGACCUUAUUGCCUGAAGAUGCAAUACCCCAGGAUUUCAUUCCUCUUCCUGAUUUGGAAGAGUUCAAAUCAGUUCGGAUCUCCACCGAGCUGAAUAGGAGCAUUGUUCCAGUCACGCGGGGGCACAGGCAGAAGAACAGCGAUGAAUUGUGCUUGGUAGUGUUUUUUGCUGGAGAUUACACAACAGCCAAUGCCAGGAAGUUAAUUGAUGAGGUGAGGAAAACUGUAUGGCUGCACUCAGUGUUUUAG